GACGUUGUUUCCUUCUGAGAAAGAAAUCUGGUGGACCAAUCAGAAGGCAAGAAGAAAAGCAAAGCACCUGAAAUACACCCAGACUGGCACUGCCACCCCCCGCCUGCUGGCUACAAAGAUAAGUAUUUUGGAUUCAGCCAAUAACGAUCUGUGGAUUAUUAACGCCACCUCCUUCAUUUUAAUGCUCCUCUUCCAGAUCCUGAACCCUGAACCACGUGGGACAUGGGGGAAACACACAUACAACAAGGAAGUACUUGAAUUUCCUUCAGAGUGACAACAAGAUAGACGGGCAGAUUGCUUUGAGUCUCCAUGAGUAGUGAUGGAGGGGAUGGUACCAUGCCUUCUCCUAUAUUAGGAGAAAUCAGGAUAACACGGGAUUAUUGAGCACCUCUACAAAAAGGAUCUGUAUCUAUAUCAAGAUGCUCUGAAGAAUAGCAACUAUCCUCAGGAACAUCUAGUGUUACAAAAUGACUAAAACUAAUUCUACCAUCUUCCAUUUUGUCAUCAUCUUCAUGUUCAUACUUGAGAUCAAAAUCCAGUUAUCCGAGGAAAGUGAAUUUUUAGUUGACAGAUCAAAGGGAGGUCUCACCCAUGUUCCCAAAGACUUACCCUUGAAAACAACAAUCUUAGAUCUAUCACAAAAUGAUAUAUCUGAGCUUCAGGCUUCUGACAUCCUAUUACUAUCCAAGCUGAGGGUCUUGAGAAUUUCUCAUAAUAGAAUCCAGUAUCUUGACAUGAGCGUUUUCAAAUUUAACCAGGAACUGGAGUAUUUGGAUUUGUCCCACAACGAGUUGGAGAAGAUUUCUUGCCACAGUACUGUGAACCUCAAGCACUUAGACCUCUCAUUUAAUGCAUUUGAUGCCCUGCCCAUUUGCAAAGAGUUUGGCAACAUGUCUCAACUAGAAUUUCUGGGUUUGAGUGCCACACAGCUACAAAAGUCUAGUGUGCUGCCAAUUGCUCAUUUGCAUAUCAAUAAGGUUUUACUAGUCUUAGGAGACCUUUAUGGGGAAAAAGAAGACCCCGAGAGCCUUCAAGACCUUAACACAGAGAGUCUGCACGUUGUUUUCCCCGCAGGAAAGGAAUCCCACUUUGCUUUGGAUGUGUCAGUCAGCACGGCAGUAAGUCUGGAACUGUCUAAUAUCAAAUGUGUGCUAGGUGAUAAUGGAUAUUCUUAUUUCCUAAGUGUUCUGUCAAAACUUCAAAAUAAUUCAAGGAUAUCAAAUCUUACUUUAAACAACAUUGAAACAACUUGGCAUUCUUUCAUUACAAUGUUCCAGUUGGUGUGGCAUACAAGCAUAGAGUAUUUCUCAAUUUCAAAUGUGAAACUACAAGGUCGCCUUCAGGUCAGAGAUUUUAAUUAUGCUGACACCUCACUGAAGGCCUUGUCUAUACACCAAGUUGUCAGUGACAUGUUUAGUUUGCCACAAAGUUACAUCUAUAAAAUCUUUUCAAAUAUGAACAUCCAGAAUUUCACAGUGUCUGCUACACAUAUGGUCCACAUGGUCUGCCCAUCCCAAAUGAGCCCAUUUCUGCAUUUGGAUUUUUCCAAUAAUCUCUUAACAGACAUGGUUUUUAACAAUUGUGGAACCUUGGCUAGGUUGGAGACACUUAGUUUACAAAUGAAUCAACUAAAAAAACUUACAAAUAUAGUUCAUAUGACCAAGGAGAUGAAGUCUCUACAACAAUUAGACAUUAGCCAGAAUUCUCUAAGCUAUGAUGAAAAUGAAGAAUAUUGCUCUUGGACUAUAAGUUUAUUAAGUUUAAAUUUGUCUUCAAAUAUACUCACUGACUCUGUUUUCAGAUGUUUACCUCCCAGGCUCAGGGUUCUUGAUCUUCACAGUAAUAGAAUAACAAGUAUCCCUGAAAAUGUCAUCCGUCUGGAAGCUUUGCAAGAACUCAAUGUUGCUUCCAAUUCUUUAGCCCACCUUCCUGGAUGUGAUUCCUUCAGCAGCCUCUCUGUGCUGAUCAUUGACUAUAAUUCAAUUUCCAACCCAUCAGCUCAUUUCUUCCAGAGCUGCCAGAAGAUUAGGUCCAUAAACGCAGGAAACAAUCCAUUCCAAUGUACAUGUGAGCUCAGAGAAUUUAUCCGAAGUAUAGGCCAAGUUUCCAGUGAAGUGGUAGAGGGUUGGCCUGACUCUUAUAAGUGUGACUAUCCAGAAAGCUAUAAGGGAACCCUACUAAAGGACUUUCAUGUGUCUCCAUUAUCCUGCAACACAGCUCUGCUGAUUGUCACCAUUGGGGUCACUGGGCUGGUGUUGGCUGUCGCCGUGACUGUCCUCUGUGUCUAUUUCGAUCUGCCCUGGUAUCUCAGGAUGGUGUGUCAGUGGACCCAGACCCGACACAGGGCCAGGAACACACCUUUACACAAACUCCAAAGAACUCUUCAGUUCCAUGCCUUUAUUUCGUACAGUGAACACGAUUCUGCCUGGGUGAAGAAUGAAUUACUACCAAACCUAGAAAAAGAAGAUAUAUGGAUCUGUCUCCAUGAGAGAAACUUUGUUCCUGGCAAGAGCAUUGUGGAAAAUAUCAUAAACUGUAUUGAGAAAAGUUACAAGUCCAUCUUUGUUUUGUCUCCCAACUUUGUUCAGAGCGAGUGGUGCCAUUAUGAACUCUACUUUGCCCACCACAAUCUCUUUCAUGAAGGAUCUAAUAACUUAAUUCUGAUCUUGCUGGAAUCCAUUCCAAUGUAUUCUAUUCCUGGCAGCUAUCACAAACUCAAAACUCUCAUGGCACAGCGAACUUACUUGGAAUGGCCGAAGGAGAAGAGCAAACAUGGACUUUUUUGGGCGAACCUAAGAGCAUCCAUUCGAAUUAAGUUGAUGUACCAAGCAAAAGAAGUAGAUCACACAUACAUCUAAAUAUGUUCCCCCUUUCACUUGCUGCUUUUGGAAGUUCCAACAAUGCCUUUAUUUUGCAUCAACACAAACCUAAACAUAAUUUUGAAUUUAUAAAAUAAAUAAAAAUGCGUACUUUCAGGCCCCUGUUCACCAUUUAUUCAUGGUAAUAAAAAUGAAUGAAAUGAUAUAAUUUUGAUAUAAAGUCAAUUUCUAACAUAUGAGGGAUUUACUUGUUUUUUUUUCUAGAACUGAAUUCAUUGAAUCUAUCAUGUAAUUAAAAGAAGCACCUAUUUAAAGAACUUCAAUGAUACAUGUUCCUGUGUGCUGGGGUUAAUGUUAGAAAACUCCAUGCCUUUUACUAGUACACCUGUAGCUGGGUUGGUAUAGCUGUUGGUGCGUUUUUCAUUUCCACUUAGCGUUUUCUUCUAUGUGUUGAAAGCUGCGUAUUGGUAAUGCUGGAGACUCUUUGCCUGAUGGGCUUUCUUGCUGGCCGUGAGAACAUACUUGGUCCACAAAAUGGGCAGUUCAGAAAUGCUGGAGCUUGUCCUUGGAAGCAGCCCUUAAUCAAUGCUUAAUCAAUGUCAGAGGGAGAAUUGGCAGGUAAGUACCAUUUUCUCGCCCAUUUUGGGGGAUAAAUCUGGGAGUGUCCUUUACACUCUCCCUGAGUUCCCCAGUGACAUAGAAUUCUGAUUUUCCAUGGGGGAAAACAACUUGGCAAAGCAUUCCUUAUUGGGUUACUUUUUAUUCUUAUCUCAUCCCUCCAAGGGUGUUUCCUGGGAUCAGCUCUGAAAUAAAUGGCCUGUAGAUGAA